UGGUGUAGUAAAAGUGAGGUCAAGGUCGGUGAAAUAGAGACUCAAAACCAAAUAGUUUAUUGCUAUUAUUAUUUUGCCUUGUUUUUUCAGUGUCAAAUUGCAUUAUUGAAAUAAUCAAAUGCACUAACCACACUCCAUCACCCCCAUAUAUACCCCUUCUCCUCUCACACUAAUUAACACACUCAUCCAAACAACCUUCUUUCUUUUUCUGUGAGCCUUUCUUUCAGGUUCUUAACUUGAUCAGUGUGCAGUGUCCAAAAUCAUAAGGGUAGUUGCAAAUUGCAAUGGCUAAGCAUGAUGUUGAGGGUGGUUCCUUCUCUGCAAAGGACUACCAUGAUCCUCCUCCAGCACCGUUGAUUGAUGCUGAGGAACUCACACAGUGGUCCUUCUACAGGGCUUUGAUUGCUGAGUUCAUUGCCACAAUGCUCUUCCUUUACAUCACAGUGCUCACUGUGAUUGGUUACAAGAGCCAGAGUGAUGUAAAGGCUGGGGGUGAUGUGUGUGGUGGAGUUGGCAUUCUUGGCAUUGCUUGGGCCUUUGGUGGCAUGAUCUUCAUUCUGGUGUACUGCACUGCUGGAAUCUCAGGGGGUCACAUAAACCCAGCAGUGACAUUUGGGCUCUUCUUGGCUCGCAAGGUGUCUUUGAUUAGAGCAAUAAUGUACAUGGUGGCUCAGUGCUUGGGAGCCAUAUGUGGAGUUGGGUUGGUUAAGGCCUUCCAAAAGGCUUACUACAACAGGUAUGGUGGUGGGGCCAAUGAGCUCAGUGAAGGGUACAGCACGGGUGUUGGAUUGGGUGCUGAGAUCAUUGGAACCUUUGUUUUGGUUUACACUGUGUUCUCUGCAACUGAUCCCAAGAGGAAUGCUAGAGAUUCUCAUGUGCCGGUUUUGGCUCCACUUCCAAUUGGCUUUGCUGUGUUCAUGGUUCACUUGGCAACCAUCCCAGUAACAGGCACUGGCAUUAACCCUGCUAGGAGUCUAGGAGCUGCUGUCAUGUACAACCAACAGAAGGCCUGGGAUGACCAUUGGAUCUUUUGGGUUGGACCAUUUAUUGGAGCAGCCAUUGCAGCCUUCUACCACCAAUUCAUCUUGAGAGCAGGUGCUGCUAAGGCUCUUGGAUCAUUCAGGAGCAACCCCGCUAUUUGAGUCAAUUUAAUUUCCUCUUCAUGAUGAGUUCAAAAUGAAGAGGAAAUUAUAAGAAUAAUAAAAAUAUUGUCAAUAAUGGCAAUUGCUUGUGCUUUUAUUGCAACCUUUUCUUUGAUCCUAUUAUGUAGAUUAAAGGUUCUUUUCAAGACAAGAGCCAUUGGUAAAUACCCUUUAGUAUUUUCAAGCACUUUCCUUUCUUUCAGUGUGUGAUAUUUUCUUUUAGGUAAUUUAAUCUCUUGUACUCAACGUGGAAAAAAAUAUAUAUAAAUCCAUGCUUUCACUUAAAA